AUGAAGCAGGUGAUUGGCAAGAAGGGCAAGAAGGAGAGGGAUGUCAAGGGGCCAGGCGGCGUGCAGAUCAAUCGGAAGCCGUUCCAGAGUACUCGGCUGAAGGAGGAGAUCUACAAGCCGUGGUUGGAGAAGAAGGACCCGGCGCAGAGAUGGGCGAGGUGGAUCACCUUGAUCAGUAUCUUGGUUGGUGUGGCCGUCAUGGCUGUCAUCUGCUGGGAUGGCUACAACUCCGUCCCGAGAUUAGGCAAUAUCUGCCCGGUUCUCACCGAAGACUUCUCCAACGGGCUCAACACCAACGUCUGGACCCGCGAGGUCCGGGUAGACGGGUACGGCCACGGCCAGUUCGACUACAGCACCGGCUCCACCAACAACUCCUUCGUCGCCGACAACACCCUCUACCUCGUCCCCACGCUCACCUCGGACGUCCUGGGCGAAGCGGCCAUCCAAAACGGCUACACUCUCAACCUCACCGCGGACGGUACCUGCACAUCCACCAACGUAUCGCAGUGCGUCGCCGUAUCCAACACUUCGCAACUCACCGUCAUCAACCCCGUCAUGUCGGCUCGGCUCACGACGCGAAUGUCGAUGAAUAUCCGGUAUGGAAAGGUCGAGGUGGUAGCGCGAUUCCCGACGGGUGAUUGGCUCUGGCCGAGUAUAUCCUUGCACCCGGUGAAUGAGACGUAUGGGAAGGGACCGAGGUCAGGGUCGGUCGAUAUCGUUACAGGGAGAGGGAACAAUGCGUCGUAUACCCAGCGAGGGGUGGAUUAUGCGCAGUCCACACUGCACUGGGGCCCCACUAAUGAGCUGGACCGGGCGUACCUGACCUGGGGAUACCGCGAGCAGAGGCGAUCAGCGUACAAUCAGGGUUUCCGGACUUUCGGCUUCGAGUGGAACGAGAACUACCUCUGGACCUACAUCGACUCGCGUGUCGCCCAAGUCGUCUCGCUCAAGUUCGACCAAUCCUUCUGGAACCGCGGCAAGUUCCCUAGCACCAUCACCAAUACGACCACGGGGGACGUCGUUCGUCUCACCAACCCCUGGAUCAACUCUAUGAACAACAACGCGCCGUUCGAUCAGCCCUUCUAUCUGACCCUCUCACUCGGCGUCGGCGCGACAGACGGCUGGUUCCCUGAUGGCGAAGGCGGCAAGCCAUGGCUUGACAACUCCCUCUCGGCCAUGUCGGACUUCUGGAACGCCAAGAACAGGUGGUGGAAUGCCUGGCCGAGCGACCCCAAGAUCAGGGGAUUCGCGAUCAAGAGCGUCAAGAUGUGGAAGACCUGCUGA